CGGAGAGGCGCCCGGAGAGGCGCGCGCCAUCCCCGAACACCUUGCGGUAGGAGGAGGAGCACAGAUAGUGCUCGGAACCGAAGCUCAUGGUGCCGGGCCCGGGCCGAAGCCUCAGAAGACGUGAGAGAUGCGGCGGGCUGCGCGCGCGGGGCGAAUUCAGCAUACAACUAAAAUGACAACCUCCUGGAGUGAUCGGUUACAGAAUGCAGCAGAUAUGCCUGCAAAUAUGGAUAAGCAUGCCUUAAAAAAGUAUCGGCGAGAAGCCUAUCAUCGGGUAUUUGUGAAUCGAAGUUUAGCCAUGGAAAAAAUAAAGUGUUUUGGUUUUGAUAUGGAUUAUACACUUGCUGUGUACAAGUCCCCGGAGUAUGAGUCCCUUGGCUUUGAGCUCACUGUGGAGAGAUUAGUUUCUAUUGGUUAUCCCCAGGAGCUGCUCAGCUUUGCUUAUGACUCUACAUUCCCUACCAGGGGACUUGUCUUUGAUACACUGUAUGGAAAUCUUCUGAAGGUCGAUGCCUAUGGAAACCUCUUGGUCUGCGCACAUGGAUUUAACUUCAUAAGAGGACCAGAAACUAGAGAGCAAUAUCCAAACAAAUUUAUCCAACGAGAUGAUACUGAAAGAUUUUACAUUCUGAACACACUAUUCAAUCUGCCAGAGACCUACCUGUUGGCCUGCCUUGUCGAUUUCUUUACUAAUUGCCCCAGAUAUACCAGCUGUGAGACAGGAUUUAAAGACGGGGACCUGUUCAUGUCCUACCGGAGUAUGUUCCAAGAUGUGAGAGACGCCGUGGAUUGGGUUCAUUACAAGGGCUCCCUUAAGGAAAAGACAGUUGAAAACCUCGAGAAGUAUGUAGUCAAAGAUGGAAAACUGCCUUUGCUUCUGAGCCGGAUGAAGGAAGUAGGCAAAGUAUUUCUUGCUACCAACAGUGACUAUAAGUAUACAGAUAAAAUUAUGACGUACCUGUUUGACUUUCCACAUGGCCCCAAGCCCGGGAGCUCCCACCGGCCGUGGCAGUCCUAUUUCGACCUGAUUCUGGUAGAUGCACGGAAACCGCUCUUCUUUGGAGAAGGCACAGUGCUGCGGCAAGUGGACACUAAAACUGGCAAGUUGAAAAUUGGUACCUACACAGGCCCCUUGCAGCAUGGCAUUGUCUACUCAGGAGGCUCAUCUGAUACAAUAUGUGACCUGUUGGGAGCCAAGGGCAAAGAUAUUUUAUAUAUCGGAGAUCACAUUUUUGGAGACAUUUUAAAAUCUAAGAAACGGCAAGGGUGGCGAACUUUCCUGGUCAUUCCUGAACUUGCACAGGAGCUACAUGUCUGGACUGACAAGAGUUCGCUUUUUGAAGAACUUCAGAGCUUGGAUAUUUUCCUGGCUGAACUCUACAAGCACCUGGACAGCAGUAGCAAUGAGCGCCCAGACAUAAGCUCCAUCCAGAGACGGAUCAAGAAAGUGACACAUGACAUGGACAUGUGCUACGGAAUGAUGGGGAGCCUGUUCCGCAGUGGCUCCCGGCAGACGCUCUUUGCCAGUCAGGUGAUGCGCUACGCUGACCUCUAUGCUGCAUCCUUCAUCAACCUGCUGUAUUACCCGUUCAGCUACCUCUUCCGAGCUGCCCAUGUCCUGAUGCCUCACGAGUCAACAGUGGAGCACACACAUGUGGACAUCAAUGAGAUGGAGUCCCCCCUCGCCACACGGAACCGCACAUCAGUGGAUUUCAAGGACACCGACUACAAGCGGCACCAGCUGACAAGGUCCAUCAGUGAGAUCAAACCCCCCAACCUCUUCCCGCUGGCCCCCCAAGAAAUCACACACUGUCACGAUGAAGAUGACGACGAGGAAGAGGAGGAGUAAGGGAAGCUCAGCCAUCCAUUACACAGCGCUGGCAGAACUCCUGGGAGCAAAGGCAGUCCUUGUUCUCUGGGUGGGUGGGGCUCCUUCAGAAGCACAUCAGAAGCUUUCUGAAGACUUUAACAUAUGAGAUCCUUGUUUUAGUUUUGUGUACCUGUAUUUUUGUGGAAUGGUUUGGAAUUGUAUUGGGCCUGUGCUGGAAGCAGCAAGGGUCAGGGGAAGCUGAAGCAAAUGGAGUUGGCUCUGUGCGGCUGGUGGUCCUGUCUCCUGUCUUGUUCACCUUUGGCACAUCUGGUACGCAGGGUGGCAGAGGGCUUUGGGAUGGCAGAAGGAGAUGCAAAGUGCUGGAUUGUUCCAAAGCCCAGCUUUCCCCGUGCCCCAGCAGCGCUGCUUCGUACAGUGGGGAGAGAUACUGUUUCCAUUCCCGUUUCUUUCAUAAGCUGUUGAGUAUUCUCAGCGAGCCUGGCAAGGCUGAGGCUCUGUCAGUGCCUUUCCAGAACAUCUUUGCUGUGGGGUCAGGCUGGCUGAACUGCAAGGAUUCUGUUGUGAAGCAAAAAUCCUCGUCCUUUUUACAUUUUUUUAGGUUGUGAUAGCACAGAUUCUUGUGAUUUAAAAACAUAGUAAGUUUCUCAUCUGAUAAGUCCAUAAAGGAGAACCUGCAAGAAGACAAGAGCAAGCUGCUGAGCAGGCCAGCAGGGGCCACCUUCUUCGCUUACUGCAGGACUGAGGAGCAUUCAUUCAUGUGACCCCUAAACAUGGCUCCUAUUGCCACAUCCGCAUGGCCGCCUGUCGGGUUGAUCGCUGUGUUUUAAAGUUGGACAGUAAAGGAUAAAGGGUUGGGGAUUUAGCUCAGCGGCACAAGUGCCUGCCUGGCAAGGGCGAGAUCGUGAGUUUGGUCCCCAGUACCAAAAAAAAAAAAAACCAUUAAAGGAUAUGAAGAGGGCAUUGUAAGCCAGAAUCUUAAUAAUGCAACAGCUGCAACCAGUGAGAAUAAGCUCACUUCAGAGCCCCAAGUGGAAUCGCCUUGUUUGAACAAGAACUACUCAGUAUUACCGCCUAGGUUAGGACCGAACCAGGUAGGGAGAGUUGUGACAUUUUCAACAGUGGUAAGAUUCUUACUUAAACCUUUACAUAUUUUCUUAUAUUCUUAUUGUCACUGGUCAACGGGGGAGGAUAGACCAGUAGCUGUAGAAUUCAAUAAAGUAAUCUUUUUAAUACUGA